AUGGCGUUAAGAGAGAUAGUAGGUGAUGAUAUAGAGAGCUGCAGUGAUCCAUCUCUUUGUCUGGAUAAAGCCAAGGAGCUUCUUGCACUCUUCAAUUUACCUACAGGACUGUUGCCAUUGAAGGACAUGAUAGAAGUUGGGCACAACAAAACAAAAGGGUUUGUGUGGAUGAAGAUGAGAAGCAAGAUUGAGCAUACAUUCGGUGAAAUAGGUCGUAAAGUGAUAUAUGACACGGAGAUAACUGCUUAUGUUGAAAACCGUAGGUUGAAGAGACUUACCGGAGUUAAAAGCAAAGAACUCAUGAUUUGGGUUCCUGUGCAUGAUAUCUUCAUCAAAGAGAAAGAACAAGAGAAGAUCACAUUUGCUAAUAACACCGGCCUGUCGCGAACAUACAAAGUUUCAGCAUUUGAGAGCGAGGGUUGA